AUGAUGGCCUCGCGUCUUUCCAGAGCUCUGCCCCGAGCUACCUCAGCACGCGCUGCUGCUUUCGCUCGUCCUUCCUUCGCUACCAGAUUCGCUCGCUAUGAGUCAACGGAAGCCGAGGGCAAGGUGACGGGCACCGUCAUCGGUAUCGAUCUCGGUACCACCAACUCUGCCGUUGCCGUCAUGGAGGGCAAGAUCCCCAAGAUUAUUGAGAACGCCGAAGGUACCCGCACAACCCCUUCCGUCGUUGCGUUCGCGCAAGAUGGCGAGCGUCUCGUCGGUGUUGCCGCCAAGCGUCAGGCCGUCGUCAACCCCGAGAACACCCUCUUCGCCACCAAGCGUCUCAUCGGCCGCAAGUUCACCGAUGCUGAGGUCCAGAAGGACAUCAAGGAGGUUCCCUACAAGAUCGUCCAGCACACCAACGGCGACGCUUGGGUCUCCGCCCGUGACCAGAAGUACUCUCCUUCCCAGAUCGGUGGCUUCGUCCUGAACAAGAUGAAGGAGACGGCCGAGGCCUACCUCUCCAAGCCUGUCAAGAACGCCGUCGUCACUGUCCCUGCCUACUUCAACGACUCUCAGCGUCAGGCCACCAAGGAUGCUGGUCAGAUUGCCGGCCUGAACGUUCUGCGUGUCGUCAACGAGCCCACCGCUGCCGCCCUUGCCUACGGCAUGGAGAAGGACGCCGACCGUGUUGUCGCCGUCUACGAUCUUGGCGGUGGUACCUUCGAUAUCUCCGUUCUCGAGAUCCAGAACGGUGUCUUCGAGGUCAAGUCCACCAACGGUGACACCCACCUGGGUGGUGAGGACUUUGACAUCCACCUCGUCCGCCACCUCGUCCAGACCUUCAAGAACGAGUCCGGCAUUGACCUGUCCAACGACCGCAUGGCCAUCCAGCGUAUCCGUGAGGCCGCCGAGAAGGCCAAGAUUGAGCUGUCCUCGUCCCUCCAGACCGACGUCAACCUGCCCUUCAUCACUGCCGACUCGUCCGGCCCCAAGCACAUCAACCUCAAGCUCACCCGUGCUCAGCUUGAGAAGAUGAUGGACCCCCUCAUCACCAGGACCAUCGGUCCCGUCCGCAAGGCUCUCAAGGACGCCAACCUCGAGACCAAGGACAUCCAGGAGGUCAUCCUCGUUGGCGGCAUGACCCGUAUGCCCAAGGUGUCCGAGUCUGUCAAGAGCAUCUUCGGCCGCGACCCCGCCAAGUCGGUCAACCCCGACGAGGCCGUCGCCAUGGGUGCCGCCAUCCAGGGUGCUGUCCUCUCUGGUGAGGUCAAGGACCUUCUCCUGCUCGACGUCACUCCCCUCUCUCUCGGUAUCGAGACCCUCGGCGGCGUCUUCACUCGUCUGAUCAACCGCAACACCACCAUCCCCACCAAGAAGUCCCAGGUCUUCUCCACGGCCGCCGACUUCCAGACCGCCGUCGAGAUCAAGGUCUACCAGGGUGAGCGUGAGCUUGUCCGUGACAACAAGAUGCUCGGCAACUUCCAGCUCGUUGGCAUCCCCCCUGCGCACCGCGGUGUUCCCCAGGUCGAGGUUACCUUCGACAUUGACGCUGACUCGAUUGUCCACGUCCACGCCAAGGACAAGUCCACCAACAAGGACCAGUCCAUCACCAUUGCUUCCGGCUCGGGCCUGUCUGACAACGAGAUCCAGCAGAUGGUCGAGGACUCGGAGAAGUACGCCGAGGCUGACAAGGAGCGCAAGGGCUCCAUCGAGGCUGCCAACCGCGCCGACAGUGUCCUCAACGAUACUGAGCGUGCCCUGAACGAGUACGCUGAGAAGCUCGAGAAGGAGGAGGCCGACAAGAUCCGUGAGAAGAUUGCCGCCCUCCGCGAGUUCGUCUCCAAGAGCCUCGCUGGCGAGGGCACCGCCACCGCCGCCGAGAUCAAGGAGAAGACCGACGACCUCCAGGUCGCUUCCCUCAACCUCUUCGACAAGAUGCACAAGGCCCGCAACGACUCUGGCGAGCAGUCCUCUUCCUCCCAGGAGAACACCUCCGAGAACAAGGAGGAGAAGAAGCCUUAA